AUUCCAGCGCUGUGUAUCACCGAGUGCGCACGUAUUGCGAUUGUACAACCCGAGCGAUACACUUGAUUUCACUCUCGUCGUAAAUUUGUUUAAAAAUAUUAUUUUUCCGAUUACUGAAGUCUAGUGAAUCAGUGAUAUAAUAAAAGUUUGAAAUAACUAAAUCAUCGUGAAUAUUUUCUCCUAUAAACGGACAAGUGCAUUGAGUAAGUGUGGAGAAGGCUACAUUCCAAACCGGUGUCGUUCUUUAAUGGACGAGGUGCGUACUACUCUGUGUGUUUUAUUAACGCUAGGGAAGUGACAACGGUGGUAUCGGUUCCGCCAUUUGGACACGAAACUUAGUAACUUUGGUUGAAUUGUGUUUAUGGAUAAGUUCCCCUCAGCCAUGUGAAAAGGUGAAAGAGUAUAAGCUCAUACUGAGAAAAAUGGCUCGCGGUACAUUGAGCGAAAACGAGCGCCAGUGCUUUGACACUGGCGCAAAAAGUCAAAUGGAUCGUUUGCAAGACGGAGAAAAAACAAUGUCGAGCGACUGCAAGCCUAACGGACUCAGAGUCCGCUUCCUGGACGAGGAAGGAAAAACUGAGAGAACGGUUAACGCCGACGAGGUAGACUACGCGGUCGCGAGAGUUAAGAAGAUACAUAUUCUCAAAAACCGCAGUUCGAGCGAAACGAGUAUCCUACUGCGGAACGCUUCCCUAAUAAAACGGCACUACAGCGACCGUAGGCACAGCGACCAAGGAGAUGGCCGCAACAAUAAUUCGCUCAGUGAGAAUCUCAACGGGCGCCUUUGCACCAUGAAGGAGAAGCCUGACAAGACUGACGAGACCGAACAUACCAAAGAAGCAAACAAUCACAGCUUUAAAAAGAAUUGUAACGUGUACAGUGUGCACCAUGCAAAAACGCUCACACCGGAAAAAAAGAGAUCAAUACCGUUAACGAUGCCGCGCUUGAUCAGCCACAAGGUACAGGAGAACGGACAGACCAAAUCGAUUCUACCAGGAGAAGUUUGCUUGGCUGAGGGUGCCACAGGGAAAGACUUCACGACUCGCACCAUCGGCCGCCUCUCCCGCAGCUUGGGCAAGUUGCUCCGACGUACGAAUAGCGUAAGGAUUAGUGAUCCCGAUCCAGUUUAUAAGGUGGCCUACCUUGGGAACGUCCUUACCGGCUGGGCGCGAGGUGAGAGUUGCAUAGAGAAGCCAUUAGCGACUCUGUGGAGGAACUACCAGCAGUCCACGAAGCCUGAUGUGGUGAUGAAACUGUCCGUCACCAACUCCGGACUGAAAGGGUUUACGAAGGAGCACGGCCUCACUGAAUACUGGUCGCAUCGCAUCACGUACUGCGCCAGCCCACCUCACUAUCCUAAGCUGUUCUGCUGGGUGUACCGCCAUGAGGGCAAGAAGCUGAAGCAUGAGCUCCGCUGUCACGCUGUCCUAUGUACCAAAGAACCAAUAUCAAAGAAAAUCACAGAGGAAUUACAAGUCAAACUGAAGCAAGCAUUAGUGGAAUUUAAAAAAGAUAGAAUCUCAAAACAGAAUGCAAGACUCAGUUUAGCUAACAGCAUAUACGAUAACCCUAGCAUGCCCAGGCGGAAGAUCCUUUUGAGCGUGGGCGCAAUGAACUAUCGCCCUCCGCUCGAACGUUCUAAGUCAGCACCUAAACUCGGUGCUAUCGAGGAGCUUUGUUCAGAAGAAGAUGAAGAAGAAGCCGAAAUGAAUGCCGCUCGGACCCUCUGUAAUAACUGGGCAAAUAAUAAUCUCAAUCACGCAGAACUCGACAUCUCACACACUCUCGACAGGCGACGGCCAGAAAUGAAAUCUCCACGAAAAAUGUCAUGUCCAGAAGGCGUCAUGGAAAGAACUCGGUGUCACUCAGAUUCGAGUCAAGAACCGGUAUCUGAUGACCUUUUAAAACUACUCAUAAAAGAAAGCAAUAGCAAUGACACCGAUAAAAAUACUGAAAAUGAAACUAGUCAUAAAGAUAACGCGGAAUCGAGGUUGCAGACUCUCGAAUCUAUCGCCGAAUCAAACGAACUGAAGAGCGAGACGUCUGAUGGCGAUGGCAAAAGUUUACAACGGCUGCCUCAAAGUAACUUCCUCGUCUCGGACAGCGACGACGGAUCCGUUUCUUCAGGCUGUGAGACUGCGAGCACUGUCACCUCAUCCGACACUGAGCCAACAUCGCUUCCCUCGAACUUCCCGCAAGAAGAAAUAUUAAAAGAACACUCAGAGAGCGAGGAAGAGUGUGGGGCGACAUUUGGAGGGACACUGUCUUUUGACCGCACUGCCAAGGGCAGCAUAAGGCGCUAUUCGAAUUCAAUACAUGUUAUAAAUAAUGAUGAGGACCCACCGAGUAUUAUAUCUACAGAAGAAGUGAAUCAUGUCCCCAUAGGGGAAAAGAACACUUUCCGGCGAAGAUCCACGUACCCACCUUUACGAGUGGAAUCCAUUCUCGGAGGUUUUGAAAGUAAAUUCGAACCUCUGAUAGACAAUUUGACAGAUGUGGACAGUUUGAACUCGAGCACUGAGACCGAGGUUUUUAAAAACGUCGGUGACAACGACAGUGCCUGCAGUGAUGAGUCAGGGUAUUCUGAACUUCUCGAUAACGGUAAAGAUAGUAUAAUAGGUAGCACUAUUAUGGUGUAAGUCAUACGUAGAAAACUAAAUAAUUCAAUGAUUGGGUCACUGAGCAAUGCACACAUAGAUUUAAGAAAAUUUAUUAGUAUGUAAAUCUACAACGUAUUUAGUGUUAGAAAAUGUAAAUAACAGGGUAUGUGUUGUACUUGAUCCAGUUGAUGUAUUACUACGUAUAGAUAGAUGUAUAUAUAUAUAUUGUUUUAAGUUCACCCUUGAUGAUUUUUUAGAGAUUUAUGAGAUGUGUAUUUGUAGCUGCUAUAAUAUUUUGGCCACGACCAUUGUUAUGUUGUUCACUGCUGUAUUUAUUGUUAAGAGUAUUAACUCACCCAACUCUACAGAUAGACAUUCCAAUGUAACGUCGAAAAUCUCUGAUAGUGACGUAGGAAGAAAUUAUUUGGUGAAAUAAAAAAACUCU